AUGAAAUCGUUCGUCGUAUUCGCCCUGAUCGUCGCGGCCGUCGCCGCCGCCCCGCAGCGCAGCCCUGACGCUGACGCUCAGGUCCUCAAAUACGACGCUGAGAACAUCGGUGUCGAUGGCUACAAAUUUGCUUACAGUUACGAGACCUCCAAUGGCAUCCAGGCCCAAGAGCAAGCUCAGCUGAACAACGCUGGCACCGACAACGAGGCCAUCUCCGUCCGCGGCUCCUACGCCUACACAGGCCCCGACGGCGUCGUCUACACCGUCACCUACAUCGCUGACGAGAACGGCUUCCAGCCCCAGGGCGCCCAUCUCCCAGUAGCCCCUUAAAUUAGCCAAUGACCUGAACCAGUCUAGUCCCGUUAUUAAUAAAUUUUUAGUUCGAUUGUUUU